AUUAUUUUCUUUAUAUACCUGUAAGUAAGACACCAGUCUUACUUUCAUUUAUCAUUCGGCGAUGUCUGCAUGUCUCUUGAAAAAAUUAUUUUUAAUCCUUACUAAGCAUUUUUAUUAAAUAACAAAAAAUCAUAACAAUAAAAAUAAAAAUAAAAAAUAUUGUCAAAUGAUUGAGUGGUUGAGAAAUCGAAUUCUGGAGCACUGAUUCAACGGAAUAAAAUUUUUAAACGAACUAAAAACAUUUGAAGUAAAGGAAAUAGCUGAAACCGCUUCAAUUGUUAUCAAAAUAAUUCACCUAUUGAAUUAUAAGUAUUGUUAUUAUAAUUAUUAUCAUAACUAAAAAUAUUAUUGCUAAUGAGUACAAUGAAACUUGGACAUACAAUUGAAGACUCUCGUAAGAAUUACCCAGAGCUUACUAAAGAAAUAUUGGAUGAAUUACGUGUAUGGAUAGCAGCCAGAGGUGUAACACAAGUUCCUGACGAAAAGUUAGCCCUAUUUGCUCACAGUUGUUACUUUGACCUCGAGGCGGCAAAAAAAUGUAUGACUGUAUAUUAUAAGCUAAGAGCAACAGUCCCUGAAUUUUUCAGCAAUCGUGAUCCUCGGGCUGAAUAUCUUCAACAUUCACUGCGAGCACUACAAUUUGUAAGUUUACCAAAACGAGACAAAAAUGGUAACCAAAUAAUAUUUCACCGUCUUGCUGACACGCGCCCCAAUCAGUACAUGUUCGAUGACGGGAUAAAGCUGCUGCAGAUGUCUGUAGACGCAAGUCUUUACAACGAAGGCUGUGCUCCAGGUUACAUAUUUCUUUUUGACAUGCAGGGUGUACGUCUAGGUCACUUGACCAGGCUUUCAAUCACCAGCAUACGCAGAUUUUUUGAAUAUUUGCAAGAAGGUCUACCAGUGAGGCUUAAAGGGAUCCAUGUGCUCAAUGCCGUGUGGUUCAUGGACAAGGUUCUCGCGCUUAUUCGACCUUUCAUGAAGCGAGAGUUAUUUGACAACCUUCAUCUUUAUACUGGAGAUGUGGCGGAAAUUUAUCCACAUAUUCCUCCUGAAUGUUUACCCAAGGACUUCGGAGGAGAAUUAGAUUCAUUAGAGACUCUUCACGAGCAGCACUGCGAGAAAUUAUACAAACUCCGAGAUUACUUUUUAGAAGAAGAACGUCUUUUCCGUGGUUGGCAAACACCCGAAAAAAAGUCCUCGCCCUCCGACUCCGAAGUAUCGGGUAUAAAUGCAAGUGUUAUUGGUGACAAUGAUGUUAAUCAUCGCAAUGGCAAUGGCAAUGAUAAUGAUAAUGACAAUCACAAUCAUGACAAUGUAAAAUAAUAAAAUCAAUAAAAACUUUUUACUCGAACAAAAAUACAUUUUUUAUGAUAUAUUGAAGCCUACAUAUAAUUGAAUAAAAUAAUACGAUAAAAAAAUACUUUUGUUCUUCUCAUCAUCUUCAACUUAACCAGAGUAUAGAAUGAAGGAAAACAAAGGGUAGUAAUCUAGCCUCAAUUGAAUUAUCCAAGUGGCGUGGGUCGUUGUGCCGGCAUUCAACGUAAGCGUAACGUAAACGUAAAUUGUAUACACAAAACAAAUAUAUGUGUGGCAAUACCUCGCUCUGUAUUAUAUACAUUUAUAUUUAUAUUUAUACCUAUACUACCUACUGCCAAGCAGGUACCAGGUAGUAGAUGUCUGUACUCCUUUCCAUGACCUCUCCAUCAUCUCCAGUCAACUGUUCGCUGUAUGUGUUUAUCACGCCCACACCAGCUAGCAUCACAUCAUAUCAAGGAAUACUCUGAUCCAAGUCACCAACACCAAGAUCAAGAGACUCCGAACCUGAAGCAUGCGCGAUACCUACUCUAGGACUAAAUCAAGCCAAGCGGCAACGGUAGGCAGAGAAAGAGAGAUGAAAGGUGAGGGGACCAACUGAAAACUCUAGUACACAGAGUAAACCUCUGUAGCUGUUGAUU